AUGACCCGGAGAGCGCCCCGCCUCGUCAGCACGACCCUCGCCGUGCUCGCCGCCACCGGCUGUGGCUGCGCCGCGCUGACGGUGCCGGCCGCCCGUCUGGACCCAUCCGUCGCGCACGCCCGGGUCCGCCUCGCGCAGCAGCAGAGACGCAGUGGCACAGUGGCCUGCGCUGCGGUUCCCUCGGCCGGCACGGCGGCGUCGCAGUCGCCCGCGCCGGAGGAGCCGCCGCCGCCGCAGCGGCGGCGGCAGGCCUACGGCGCCGAGCAGAUCACCGUGCUCGAGGGGCUCGAGCCGGUGCGGAAGCGGCCGGGCAUGUACAUCGGCUCGACGGGGUCGCGCGGGCUGCACCACCUGGUCUUCGAGGUGGUGGACAACUCGGUGGACGAGGCGCUCGCCGGCUGGGCGACCGAGGUCAACGUCACCAUCCACGCCUCCGGCGCCAUCUCUGUCUCCGACGACGGGCGCGGAAUCCCUUGCGAGCUGCACGCAAAGACAGGCAAGCCGGCCCUCGAGACGGUGCUGACGGUGACGGUGGAGGACGCGGUGCAGGCGGACCGUAUAUUCUCCGUGCUUAUGGGCUCCAACAUCGGGCCGCGAAAGCAGUUCAUCAACGAUCACGCCAGUCAGCUCGACUGGGACCUCCUCGACGUGUGA